CGGCUCUGCGCCUCGGCGGGGCUGCGUGCGUGUGUCCCUGUCCGCGCUGCUGAAACGGGCUCUUCGAGGGAUCGGCGUCACAUGACUCCGCCUGCCCCUAGCCAGCGCGCAGACCGCCCGUCCCUCAGUUUGCUGGGGGAGGGUCGGGCGACAUCUCCCGGGGCCCCGGGGCUCUGCGGAGAGGAGAAGAGGUUCCAGCAAGGAAUGGUCCAUCUAGGUUCAAGAAACCCCAGCUCGGCGCCAGGUCCUGGAGUGUAGAUCUUGAGAGGGGUGGGUGGGGGAACAAGAGGGAGCGAUCCAGCGAGCGCCAGAGAGAGGCAGCGCGGCGCGCACCGACGAGGGGCUGCUGGGUGCCGCGCGGGGAAGAUGUAAGCGCGUGGGGUCUCGCUGGCCUCCGAGCACCAUGCAGAAAGGGAUCCGGCUGAACGAUGGCCACGUCGCGUCCCUGGGACUGCUGGCGCGCAAGGACGGCACGCGCAAAGGCUACCUGAGCAAGCGGAGUUCGGACAACACAAAAUGGCAAACCAAGUGGUUCGCGCUGCUGCAGAAUCUGCUCUUCUACUUCGAAAGCGACUCAAGCUCCCGGCCCUCGGGGCUCUACCUGCUGGAGGGCUGUGUCUGCGACCGCGCGCCCUCCCCCAAGCCCGGAGUCUCUGCUAAGGAGCCGGCGGAGAAACAGCAUUACUUCACAGUCAACUUCACCCAUGAGAACCAGAAGGCACUGGAGCUGAGGACUGAGGAUGCGAAGGACUGUGACGAGUGGGUGGCAGCCAUUGCUCACGCCAGCUACAGGACACUGGCCACGGAGCACGAGGCGCUCAUGCAGAAGUACCUGCACCUGCUGCAGAUAGUAGAGACAGAGAAGACGGUGGCCAAGCAGCUGCGACAGCAGAUCGAGGACGGCGAGAUCGAGAUCGAGCGACUGAAGGCAGAGAUUGCAUCCCUGCUCAAGGACAACGAACGCAUCCAGUCCACCCAGAUUGUCACCCCCAAUGAUGAGGACAGUGACAUCAAGAAAAUUAAGAAGGUACAGAGCUUCCUUCGGGGCUGGCUGUGCCGGCGGAAGUGGAAGACCGUCAUCCAGGACUACAUCCGGUCUCCCCAUGCCGACAGCAUGCGCAAGAGGAACCAGGUGGUGUUCAGCAUGCUGGAGGCCGAGGCCGAGUACGUGCAGCAACUGCACAUCCUUGUCAAUAAUUUUCUGCGCCCACUACGCAUGGCCGCCAGCUCCAAGAAGCCUCCCAUCACACACGAUGAUGUCAGCAGCAUCUUCCUGAACAGUGAGACCAUCAUGUUCCUACAUCAGAUCUUCUACCAAGGCCUGAAGGCUCGCAUCUCCAGCUGGCCCACCCUGGUGCUGGCCGACCUGUUCGACAUCCUGCUGCCCAUGCUCAACAUCUACCAGGAGUUCGUCCGCAACCACCAAUACAGCCUCCAGAUCCUAGCUCACUGCAAGCAGAACCGGGACUUUGACAAGCUUCUCAAGCAGUACGAGGCCAAGCCAGACUGUGAGGAGCGCACGCUGGAGACCUUCCUCACCUACCCUAUGUUCCAGAUCCCCAGGUACAUCCUGACACUCCACGAGCUGCUGGCCCACACACCUCAUGAGCACGUGGAGCGCAACAGCCUGGACUAUGCCAAAUCCAAACUAGAGGAACUGUCCAGGAUCAUGCACGAUGAAGUCAGUGAGACGGAGAACAUCCGGAAAAACCUGGCCAUCGAGCGCAUGAUCAUCGAGGGCUGUGAGAUCCUCCUUGACACCAGCCAGACCUUUGUGCGACAAGGUUCCCUCAUCCAGGUGCCCAUGUCAGAAAAGGGCAAGAUCACCAGGGGGCGCCUGGGAUCUCUGUCCCUUAAGAAAGAGGGCGAACGGCAGUGCUUCCUGUUCUCCAAGCACCUCAUCAUCUGCACCAGAGGCUCUGGAGGGAAACUGCACCUGACCAAGAAUGGAGUCAUAUCCCUCAUCGAUUGCACCUUAAUGGAGGAACCAGAAAACACAGAGGAGGAAGCCAAAGGAACUGCCCAGGACAUAGACCACUUGGAUUUUAAGAUCGGGGUGGAGCCAAAGGAUUCCCCGCCCUUCACAGUCAUCUUGGUGGCCUCAUCCAGGCAAGAGAAGGCAGCGUGGACCAGUGACAUCAGCCAGUGUGUGGACAAUAUCCGGUGCAAUGGACUCAUGAUGAAUGCCUUUGAAGAAAAUUCCAAGGUCACUGUGCCACAGAUGAUCAAGUCCGAUGCCUCCUUAUAUUGUGAUGAUGUUGACAUUCGCUUCAGCAAAACCAUGAAUUCUUGCAAAGUGCUGCAGAUCCGGUACGCCAGUGUGGAGCGGCUGCUGGAGCGGCUGACAGACCUUCGCUUCCUGAGUAUCGACUUCCUCAACACCUUCUUGCACUCCUACCGUGUCUUCACCACCGCCGUGGUGGUCCUAGACAAGCUCAUCACCAUCUACAAGAAACCCAUCAGUGCCAUCCCCGCCAGGUCACUGGAGCUCCUGUUUGCCAGCGGCCAGAACAAUAAGCUUCUGUACGGAGAACCCCCCAAGUCACCUCGUGCCACCCGCAAGUUCUCCUCACCACCACCCUUGUCCAUCAAUACGUCGUCUCCAAGCCGCAGGCGGAAGCUGUCCCUCAACAUCCCCAUCAUCACAGGCGGCAAGGCGCUGGACCUGGCUGCAUUCAGCUGCAGCUCCAAUGGCUUCACCAGCAUGCACUCACCCAUGUCUCCCUUCAGCAAGUCCACACUGGACACCAGCAAGCUCUGUGUGACCAGCAGUUUCACCAAGAAGACUCCAGACGAGACCGAUACAACUCCAGAGAAGCCUGAGGAGUCCUCAGCCCUUAGCAAGCAGAGCUCUGAAGUCUCUGUGAAGGAAGACUCUGAUGCUGACCAGAACCAGAGUGAUGACUGUGACACUGAGGCAUCACCUACCAAAUCUCCAUCAACACCAGCAUCAGUCAAAAGCAAAAACUCUUCAGAGUUCCCACUCUUUAACUACAACAACGGAGUCGUGAUGACCUCAUGUCGUGAACUGGACAACACCCGCAGUGCCCUCUCGGCCUCCUCUGCCUUUGCCAUAGCUACCGCGGGAGCCAACGAGAGCACCCCAAAGAAGGAGAAGUUUCAAUAUCGCAGGAUGUCCUUGGCUACCACAGGCCCUGCCAGUGCUAUCCUGCCGUCCUGGAGUCCCAUCCUCCCUCCCCAGUCCCCUUUGGUCCUUGGCCAAAUUCUACUCCAGGCAAAGAACGCCAACCGAGAGAGCCCUCGGCACCCACUUCCACAGCAACGGUUCCACACCAAAGCACUGCCAGGGUUUCCCCCUGACCAGAGAAAUGGCGACAAGGAGUUUGUGAUCCGCAGAGCGGCCACCAACCGCGUGCUGAAUGUGCUCCGCCACUGGGUUUCCAAGCACUCUCAGGACUUCGAAACCAACAGUAAGCUCAAAAGCAAGGUCAUCAGUUUCCUGGAAGAGGUCAUGCAUGACCCAGAGCUUCUGACGCAGGAGCGAAAGGCAGCGGCCAACAUCAUCAGGACUCUGACCCAGGAGGACCCAGGCGACAACCAGAUCACACUGGAAGAGAUCGCACAGAUGGCAGAGGGCGUGAAGGCCGAGCCCUUCGAAAACCACUCGGCCCUGGAGAUAGCAGAGCAACUGACCCUGCUGGAUCACCUCGUCUUCAAGAAGAUUCCUUAUGAGGAGUUCUUCGGCCAGGGCUGGAUGAAGGUAGAGAAAAACGAAAGGACGCCAUACAUCAUGAAAACCACCAAGCAUUUCAACGACAUCAGUAACUUGAUUGCUUCAGAAAUUAUCCGAAAUGAGGACAUCAAUGCAAGGGUGAGCGCCAUUGAGAAGUGGGUAGCUGUGGCCGACAUAUGCCGCUGCCUACACAACUACAAUGCCGUGCUGGAGAUCACCUCCUCCAUGAACCGCAGUGCGAUCUUCCGGCUCAAAAAGACAUGGCUCAAAGUUUCUAAGCAGACAAAAGCUUUGAUUGACAAGCUCCAAAAGCUUGUAUCGUCAGAGGGCAGAUUUAAGAACCUCAGAGAAGCUCUGAAAAAUUGUGACCCACCCUGUGUCCCUUACCUGGGGAUGUACCUCACUGACUUGGCCUUCAUCGAGGAGGGGACACCCAAUUACACAGAGGACGGCCUGGUCAACUUCUCCAAGAUGAGGAUGAUCUCCCAUAUUAUCCGAGAGAUUCGCCAGUUUCAACAGACUGCCUACAAAAUCGAACACCAAGCAAAGGUGACUCAGUACUUACUGGAUCGAUCUUUUGUAAUGGACGAAGAAAGUCUCUAUGAGUCUUCUCUGCGCAUAGAACCGAAACUCCCCACCUGAAGCUCACCCACCCUGCCCCAGCCGCUCCCGUGGACACCCGCUAUAUGAUAUUGUACAUAAUCGUUUGGUUCCUCCGGAUUUCUUCUUCAGUAUGUGCUUCUCCAAGAAUACAAAUCUGUUCUUGUUCUUAGAUUCCUGUAGAACCGGAAUAUGAAUUUCUGCACUGUCUCAGACUCUGCCCCACCCCCUGCGGAGCCUGUUCCUUCAAACAGCUGUACUCCCUGUCAGCUCUCCCAGGCCCUCACUCCAAUCAGAAGGGGAGACAGAGCCCACGUGACACAAGUCUCAAACUCCAACCCUGCUUCGUCCCUCCCAGCCCAGGCCCCUGGGUUAGCUCAGGCCACUCAGGCAUCCUCCCCAGCAUGUUCCAUGUAGUUGUUAUAACUGGGUGGGGGGAGGGGGAGGAGGGAGGGGGAAGUCAUACCUGCAAGUCCAGUCCUUGACACCUCUUCCUGCUGAUGGUGAUGCCAAUUUCCAAAGCAGCUUCUUCAGCCAGUACCGCAGGUCUCAACAGUCCCCAUUUGUGGAAUCCCAGUAAAUUUGGCUGGAAGGGAGUCCUCUCAGCUGAGAACCACGCCCCUUGCACCAAACGCCACCACUUCCGGCACCAUGCUGCCCUCUGCUCUAGGAUUAACACCAGAUAGCAUGAAAAGCAGACUCAGUAGAAGUGGACAGGGCCCUGGAACUUCUCUAGGAAAAUGGAAUCACUACACCAAGUCGUGGUGACUCUGGCCGACCUCUGCCCAGCCUCCAAUGGAAGUCAGGAACACACACACAAAAAAAAACAUCACUUCUCCUCUUUCAGCUGCCUGACAGUCACUACAAGCUUAUGUUGAGAUGCCCUGAGUCUGUAUACUUUGUGGUAAUUAGUCCCAUGACAUAGAAUUAGGAAAUCAAUAACCGAGUGUUUUUAUUGCAUAUACUGUAGUCCUGUCUAAAUGCCUUCUAGCAGGAAUAUAGUGAGGUAGUGCUUAUUCUGUGAAUAUUACCAUAAUUUUUUUUACAUUGUACAGUAGAGAGAACACUCAGACGUGGCAGGCAUGCUCCACUACAGCAGACAGACAACUUUUGCUGUAAGCAAUACCUAGCGGUAUGAGGAUUCUAUUUCAAGCCCUAAAAUAUUUCCACUCACAGCUUGUUUGGGAAAAAAAUUUUCCAUUUUUGUAAAAAUAUAUGUUUCCUGAUUACCUCUUGCUAAUAAAUCUAUUCUAUCUCAGGGUGAA